CGGCCGGCGGCGUGGGAGGGGUCACGCUCUGGGGUCCCCGCGCAGGCGCUGGCUGUGCUCCGCCGGCGCGUCCCUCUGCUGCCCCCUGUUUUCCUGUCCACCGAAGGCUGCCAGGCACCCUCGGGCACGGGAUCCGGGUACAAGGGUCCCAGCAGCCACUGUCAGCCAGAGCUGAGCUGUUGCUUCCAGGAAGUCCAACGCCCAGCCCGAUGGAGACAUCCGGGGACCCGUUCCCCAGCGACUGGAGCCCACCGCCCAUUGAGUUCCUAAACCCCAGGCCACCGCAGGACGCCCAGGGCCGAAGAUGGGGUGGUGUAGGGACAUCGGCUGAGGGGUCAGAGCCACAGCAUGCAGACGGGGACCUGAAGGCGGGCCCAGCCUCCCCGGAGGAGCUGUUCUGCAGUCUGGCCUGCCAGAGCCAGCAAGCGGAUGUCCCGGAGCCCAGUGCCCACGGCUUGUGCAGUCCCCCGGACUCUGGGAACUAUGUCAACUCCUUAGAUUGCUUACUGCAGGAGAAGAGGGAGCAGCCCCCGGAGCAGGGCCUGGGGAGCCUGUUCCUGCAGCACUCGGAUGCUCUCCCCUGCUCUGAGGACAGCGAGGACGAGGACGAGGACGCCCUGCUGACGCCCCAGCACAGGUUGCUGGUGGAGAAGUUCGCUGUGUCGCUGCAGGACAUCCCACAGGUGCACCCUGGCGAGAGUGUGUUCCUGCCCCGGCGCUACCCGCUGCCCUGCUUCCUGGACGCCUCCCAGCUGAAGCCACACAGCGCCCUGGAAGAGCUGUUCCUCAACGCCCCGCCGUCUCAGCAGCUGUUCUUCCUGCGCAGCAGUCUCCUGAGCACCCUCUACCUGCACUCCACCCGCCCCUGCCCGGUGCCUGUGCUGCAGUGGCUGCUCAAGCUGCUAGCAUGGCCUCCAGACACGUCCUCAAGAGCCUUUGGUCUCCUGUGGGAUCUCAGUGUGGAUGAGCUCUUCCAUCAGUCCGGUGACACCCACGGCAUUGGAGGACUUGGACCCCAGCCACUGGAGGACAGCCCUGCCGAGCCCCUGCCUCCCGCCUCCCCUGAGCCCAGCGCGGGCCCAGCGGACGAGGAUGUGCGGCCCUGGUGCCCCUCGCUGCAGGAGGUGAUGGAGCUGCUCCACAGCCUGGGGGCCCACAGCCCCACCGCGUACCUGCCGGGGCCCUGCAGCAGAACACUAGACGGUGGGGACAAGGAGCAGCAGGACCCGCCCCAGGAGACGGCCUUGGACAUGUGCCUGAGCAACAUCUACAAGUUCCUGACGCUGUGCGUCUACGUCCGCCCGGGGGUCUACACUGAUGCCACCCUCCUGGGCCUCACCGAGCUUCUGUGUCGCACCGGCCUGGACGUGGGGCUCCGCCUGCUGCCCAAGACCAACCUCCAGCAACUCCUGCUGCAGCUGCUGGAGUGCGUCCGCGAGUGGCCCGGCAAGCUGCAGCGCCUGUGCCGUGCCCUCAGCUGGGUGUCCGACCACCACCACAACCUGCUGGCCGUCGUGCAGCUCUUCCCGGACGUGACCCCGAGGGGCAGGCAGCUUCGAAGCCAGCUCAGCCUCUCAGUCAUUGCCCGGAUGUUGGGCCAGGAAGAGGCACUCCCUCUCUGGAAAGAGAAGAGCCAGCUGUCCUUGCUCAGCCGGCUCCUGGGUCUCAUGAAACCAUCAGCCCUCAGGCAGCACCUGGGCUUCCAGCCCUCCACACCCUGCCAGGAGCAGUGGCCCAAGGCCAGCGCCGAGCUGGACCACAAGGUCUGCUACUUGUGCCACAGCCUCCUGACCCUGGCUGGCGUGGUGGUCAGCAGUCAGGACGUCACUCCGGAGCACUGGGGUGAGCUGCAGCUGCUGUGCAUGCAGCUGGACCGCCACAUCAACACCCACAUCCGGGAGAGCCCCCAAGCCAUGCACCGCACCCGGCUCAAGGACCUGGCCACCCAGACCUACAUCCGCUGGCAGGAGCUGUUGGCCCACUGCCAGCCCAAGGCCAAGUACUUCAGGCCCUGGAAGGACCUCUGAGGGACAAGGGCAGGCCAGCCCUGGCUCCUGACUCAAGCCGGAAGCGACCAGGCUCAGGAAGCUGCAGCAGGCAAUGAGCGAAGUCUAGGGAGACCCACACGUGACCAGCUUGAGGAAGCGGGGACCUCACCGUGCCGCUGUCCCACCCCCACCUGGCCCGGGCUGUCCGGGCCCUGCCACGUCCUCCCUGGGCUCCCGCUCCCCCAAGGCCUCUGUCUGCGCACUGGCUCCUGGGGCUCCCGAUCCUCCCAGCCGCACCCCCCCACCCCUUUCCUCUCUCCCGGCUGUGAAUGUGAGGUUCCUUUGUGCAUAUUAAAGUCUGAUUUCAGCCUCA